AUGGACCUUACCCAAAUUGACAACCUCCCUGGCGAACUGCGCUACGUCCAAUACGAACAUGCUCUCGAGGCCCAAUAUCUGCCCGCCAUCCGCGCCCUCAUCUCCAAGGACUUGAGUGAGCCCUACAGCAUCUAUGUCUACCGCUAUUUUCUGUGCCAGUGGGCACACCUCUGCUUCAUGGCGCUGAACCCCGUUGAUUCAUCUCUCAUCGGCGUCAUCAUCUGCAAGCUGGAAAUUCAUGCUUCUCACUCCAACCCUACACGGCGGGGCUACAUCGCCAUGCUGGCUGUUGCCUCCGACUUCCGUGGCCAUGGCAUCGCCACGACUCUUGUCAAAAAGGCCAUUGACGCCAUGACCAAGCGCAACGCCGACGAGAUUGUCCUCGAGACCGAGGAGACUAACGUCCCUGCCAUGCGUCUGUAUGAGCAGCUUGGCUUCCUGCGGUCUAAGAAAUUGCACCGCUACUAUCUCAACGGAAACAGCGCGUAUCGACUUGUCCUGCCGCUUAAGUAUAUCGAUCCCGACGCCAGCCCGAAUGAUCUCGAUAUUCUCGACAUGCACGCGUAG